GUCGACGAAAAAUUAGAUCUUUUGAGGACUACAAAAACAUACUGCAUCCUGUCUAUCCAAUACUGGAAUUACAAAGCUCCAUCAAACCACCUUGCCACUGUCCAGCGCUUAGAAUUCUUUCCUUAAGUAGCGCAACUUAUAAAGAUAGUGGUUACGGCGGAUUCUAAAUGCAAUUUACAGAGGCAUUGCUGUCUUCAGACGAUGCAAGUUUUGAGCGUCUGUUGUUCGAUGAAGUUAGAACGCAGGCUCUUGAAGUAUGUACUCCUCAAGUUUUCAAACCUUCGGAGAAUAUAUCAACCGAACCAUUUGGCGAGAGUGACUUCGAGUCAAGCAAAUCAGAAUACGCUGCCUUAGAACGAACACUAUUUCGUAGUUUUGAAUUAUUUAUUGCUGGGAGGGAAUUAAUCAAAAAUCAGGAUGCAAGUGAAUGUGCUAAUCAACUUGAAGCUUACCUGCAAUCCGUGGCUCCGAGUGAACAGGGUAUAUGUGGUCGAAUAUUUCAAGCCAAUGAACCAACCUAUUGUUGCAGGGAUUGUGCAAUUGACUCAACGUGUGUAUUAUGCAGGGGAUGUUUCUUCAACAGUGCUCACAUUAAACACAAUUAUAAAAUAAGCACAUCCAUUGGUGUCGGCUAUUGUGAUUGCGGAGAUCCCGAAGCUUGGCGUUCAGAUGCUUGGUGUAAACUUCACAAAAACACAUCAAAAGACGAAGGAGGUGAAGAGAACAACGUAUCCAAACUUACUGAUACUGAAAAUACAGAUGUAAAGUUAAGAGCUGAACUUGAAAAUCUCCGUCGACGAGUUAAUGGUCUUCCAAGUGAUAUUGUUAUGCGUACGGGGAAAUUAUUGAAACCUUUAAUAAAGAGUGCAAUUCUUUGUCUUACUGAUUUAAUCCAAGGCACACCUCGUCUAUCAACAGAACCCUUGAGUAGUCGACUGCAUCAGGAAAAAUGUUCAUUGGAUGAAAAUGGUGCUGAAAAACAGACAAUUGUUGAUUUAUGGUCGACAGAUGACGGUGUGGUUGAUUAUAAAAUGGAUAAUGAAAACUCAUGGGAUGAUUGGCCACCUCCUUUAUCGCAUAUUCCACUUGUCUCACCUAGUGAGGAUGCUGAAAAGCUAGGACAAGAUGCAUGGCCAAGAACUGCUCCCAAACGUCGUUCUGCAGUGGAUGUAGAGGCCAGAUGCUUAGCUCAGUUAGAACGAGCUAGAAAGUAUCAUCCUAGAUUAUUUCCUCCACGACCUAUGCGUACAGCUUCUGAGCGAACCGCAGCUUCUCGAUCAUUUUUAGUUUUACUUUACAACAAUGAAUAUCACAAUUAUGAGCAAGUUAUCAAGACAUUAAGACGUGUGCUGGAUUGUACAACUCAACAGGGUACACAUUAUGCGGUACUUGUUAAUUGUGAUGGCCGUGCAGUUCUUCAAACAAACCUCACCGCUUCACAAGCAUCUAAUUUGGCGUCAAUUUUGAUGCGUACAUCUACAAGUUUAUCUACACGUCCAAUAAAUUGUGCAGCUCAACAUACGGAUGUUUAUUCAAUGGAAGUUUUCUUCACAUUAUUUAUCCGUUGGUUACGUCGUUUCUGUGAUCAAGUACCUAGUUUACGACCGAUUAUUUGUCAUGCUAUUUUGGGUCAUCUACCAGCUGAUAAAAAUAGUAUAGAUAUUAGUGAAUCCAGUCAAUCAAAUGAUAUAUUGCCAAUAUUAUUGCCCGGAGAAACUGUUAAAGAAGAUUCAUUUUUAAAUCAUAUAUUGGAACGUCAUAGUUUAACAUGGAGAUCUGUUCGACAAGAAAUGUUACGUCUUAUUAUGAGUGUACUCUUAAAAGAUAACUUUUAUCGAUGUGUAUUUGCAAUUAAAUUUACAAGAUCAUAUUCAUCGUUAAUUCAAAAUCAUAUUUACGAUGAUCAUUUAGUCGGAGACAGUCUGUGCGGUCUUAGUUGUCAAUUUUACACUGUUAUCAGUUUGGCACGUCAGCUUUUAGAGCAGAACAAUAUUUUGACACGAUUAAUUUCUCGAUUAACUAGUGCAUUUCAAGUGAAUUCAAUUGUUUUACCCGAUUUCUAUUCACAAACAAAUAAUCAAAAUAUACCUGCUGAUAUUCAAGAAGAAUUAGUUAUAUCUAAUUUUAAUGCUGAUACAAAUGUAUCAUGGGUUAGUGCUGUACUUGACCUACUUAGACGUUUAAAUCCAUUCGAAUGGGGUUCAUCAACUGGAUCUUAUAUUAACAAUGUUACAAUAUCAUCAACUACUAUGAAUCCAAUAAAUGGUGUCCUUCCAGAACCGCGUGUUUUAUCAUGGCAAGCUGGUAAUACACUUGCUCGUUCAUUAUUUCAUCCAUUUGAACGAUUAUUUCAUGUUAUACGUGAUGUGAAUUACAUUCUGGCCAGUUUAACUAAUGUUCGACCUAUUUUAAUAGAUAAUGAUGGUAAUUGUUCAGUUACUUGGUGGACGGAAGCUGCAAGAUAUUCAUUUCUUGAUUAUAUAAGACAAUUUUUAUCAUUGCUUAGUUUUAUACAAGAUAUGAAUGGUAUGCAACGUGAAACACAAAAUCAUGUUGAAGAAGAAUUAGAAUGGGCUAGUGGAUUUUAUAUCAUGAGUUUACUAAUUAGUCUACUUGGUUUAACUGUACAAGUGGCAAGUUCAGAUUAUGAACUUUACAAUUUGGUAUUACGUGAAGUUCGUCAAAUCUUUGAAACACGUAUUGGUGUGCUGGAUCGUCGCUUUCGUAUUAAACCGUUAACAACAGUUAAUAGCAGUGAUGAAUCUAAUCAAGCUGAUAACAAUGCCAUGUCGAAUAAACUAAAUUUCGAUUCACUUGGUGUCACAACAGAAGUUUAUGUAUAUGAUGUAUCAGUGUAUCGUUUAAGUUUAUUACAACCAAUUCCUCGAUUAUUGGCAAGUUUAUAUGGACAUGGAUUAGAAAUGGGAUUGAAUUUUGAAAGCUUGGGUUUAUUAGAUCAGGGAUUUGUAAAUUUAUUGAUUGAACGACCGUUGCAAAUAUUCGCAUUCUGUGCUCAAUGCAAUGCUAAAAUGUGGGUUCGUAAUGGAUUCGCUGUUCAACAAUCUAUGACAAAUUUGUUUAGUCCAUCCAUUCGUGUUGAAUUAGUUGAUCGUGAUCUACAAUUGUUACAAAUUGCUAGUUGUGUUCUACCACCAGAUGAAUUUAUUGUUCGUUUAAUACAUAAAUUUCAUUUGGGUAAUUAUUUAAAGACUGAUAUCUCGUCUAAAGAACCCGGUCUUGGUCGUGUGCACGCAGUGGAAAUGUUGUUACGCGUAAUAUUAGCAUGUGUUUCUAGUCGAUCACGUCCUUCAAUGGGUUAUUUUACCAAAGAUUACUACAUGGUGAACGACUCUAAUAAUAAACUGUUGAGUUGUUUGGAUGAAAUCCUGAUUGAUAAUGAAUCGGAAAUUUACUAUCCGAGCCUAAUCAAUGAUGUUAUACAUACAUUAUGCCUGAAACCUUUAAGUUACAGUGAAUUAUUAUCCGUCCUUCCAUAUCAAAAUGCAAGUAGUCUAUUAUUAAGAAAUCCGACGGAACAAUCCGAUUCAACACAUCAACAAUCAGACCAUGAAAUGAGCACUGAAGAAAUACAACAAUCAUCAACAUCAUCUUGUCCUAUGGAUGUGGGUCCUAGACCAUCAGUUUUAUCUGCUUCAAUAUCAAGGAGUGCUAAUAAACGUGCUAUAGAAAACGCAUUACCUAAAAUAUUACGUAAACUAGCCGUACAAUCAUCAGUGAAUAACCGUACAGUGUUCAGUAUACGACCAGAAUAUAUGGCAUAUCGAUUUAAUCGAUUUUAUUGGGGAUAUCGACAUCCGGAACAAACAGCUGCUGAAGCAAAUGUUUCUAAAUGUUUAAAGAAAUGGAUUCAAGAACAAAAUAAUAUCAAUUUAAAAAAUCUUCCAAUACCACCACCAGCUCCUCGUCCUUUACACAGAUUUACACCAUCUGUUCAUCCUGGUCCAUUACAUAUUAUUCAAUGUGUUACAUUUGUACGUUUAAUUAAAACAUUAUUAGAUAUUGCCUAUUCUCAUGGAACAUCAGCUUCAUGGUGGUCACAUAGUCUAUUAGAUUUGUUAUUACAUUUGAUUACUGUUGCAUUGUAUGAAGAUGAAUUAAAUGGAAGUAAAACUGGUUCAUAUCCGUUUUUGACGGCCGUUAGCCGUGUCCCAGAACAAAAUGAAUCAGAUGCUGAAUUAAAAGAGCUUGCACGUUCCAGAAAUUGGUUAAAGUCAGAUACAAUCGAUAAAUCUGUUUUGUCUACACUUUUAAACAAUAAUUGUAUAACUUCUCGAUUGGUACGCAUAUUGAAUUCUACAUAUCAUGAUGAUCACUCGGAUUUGAUUAGAUGGACAUUAGAUUAUUGGAAUAAAGUUGUACAAGGUAUGACAGGUGGACAACAGUCUGUUCAUAAACUUUCGUCUGAACUUGGUGAAAUAGAAAAGGAACCUUCAUCUUAUCAGUUGUCAAGUGCACAAGUUAAACAAGAUCGUGCAGAGAAAGCACGAGCUCGACGUGCACGAAUUAUGGCACGUAUGUCAAAUAUGCAAAGAAAUUUUAUGGAUUCGUUAUCACAGAAUGAGGCAACUACAAACGAAGCUGAAUUAAUGGAUAUUGAUUCUCCUGAAACAAUGAACAACAAUGUUAAUCAGUCAACAAUAACACAAUCCGAAUCAAUCAUUUCAACUGUAGUACAACAAUGUGCACUUGGUCCAACAAGAUCUUUAGGUGGUGCUGCUUUCAUCAUAUCAGAUUCAUCAUAUUUACGAGGAACAGAUAGUUCAAGUGUACAAAAUACUGAAUUAGUAACUUGUAAUUUAUGCUUGGAAGAAGUAACAGAACAAGCAUCGAAUCGAAUGGUUAUGGCUGCACAUGUAUGCAGAUCUUCUGUACUAUCUUCACGUGGUAUUGGAUGGUUAGAAGGUCCUGUCACAAUGUCUGUUGCUGAGCGUCUAUGUGUUGAAAAUGAAAUGAUCGGUUCAGAAUCGUCAACAGUUGUUGGUAAUCAUCCAGUGCAUUAUGAUAAACUAUUUCCUGCUAACAAAAUUCAUAAUGAAGACAAUCAGCUUAUUCCUUUUCUUGCAUCAGUAUCAACAACAGCUGCGGCUACAUGUGCCGGUUCAUCGAGGAUGGGGCUUCGAAUAAUUCCUGAAUUAUUAUCUGGUAUACGAUGUCUAGAGCUACGAAAGGAUACUUCUAUGUCAAUUGAUUGCACAAAUAAAAAUGCUCUUGGUCCUGGCUUAGUUGAUCAAUUACUUGAUAGUUAUUGUCUAUUAUCAUCAGAUCAAGAUAUCAAUCAUUCAUUUAUAUUAGAUCCUUGGCAUCCACGACCUUUAGUUUCUAGUCGUGAUCCAAUUUCAGAAGAAGGAUCAUUUUUCACUUUUUGUUCACAUCCUAUGCAUGCUGCAUGUAAAACAAAAUAUGCAAGACAAAUAAAAGGUCGAGUAGAUCAUCUAAAUCGCAGUCGUAAUUCAUCAAUGGUGGUAUUUGAAUUUCGUUGUCCAUUAUGUAAAUGUAUAUCUACAUUGGAUUUACCAAUGUUAGGUCCAAUUUAUUUAGAUCUUCCUAUUGAAUGGUUACAAUCAAGACUGUUAUCUUCGAAUGAUGAACAAUCAAAUCAAGCUCGACCUUUCACUUCUGUUACUAACACUACUACUACUAACAACAAUAAUAAUAAUAAUAAUAAUUUUCAACCAUUAAGUUCUUGGUUACGUAAUCUUUCACGUUGGUUAGAUAUGUCAUCAGAUAUAAAUGAUUUUAUUUUGGGUCCAUUAUUCCCAUCUACUAUAACUGAACAUACAUCAAUUGCUGAUCGUUUACAAAAUACGUCAACUACUGUAGAUUCAUCAUUAGAAGAUUAUACAUUUUGGAAUUUUGGGAAUAUUAUCUCAUCAGAUGCAAGUGUAAAUUACUCUGGUCCUUCUACUUCUUCUCUAUCAACAUCAUCGUCAUCAUUAUCCGUUGAUAUGGAUGUUGAUAAUAAUCCACCAAGUGCAAAACUUCUGGCAUUCAGUGAAAACUAUGAACUUGCUUCAAAAUUAAUUAAUUCCAUAGUGAAACGAAUAAAGUAUAGUUUAAUCGUCCAAGAUAAUGAAAUUGAUAAUUAUAAUAAUGAAAUAGGCAAUAAUAAGAAAAAUUCAAAAGUCUCUGUGAAAACUACUGAUUGUGGAGUUAGCGGCAGUAGUAGUAGCAGUAGUUUAAAUCCUUUAAGUCGACAAUUUUGGACAUCUAGACGCUUUUCCAGACGUUCUGUUUCAGAUAAUGACAAUACCACGAUGAAUUCAUCUAACUCCAGAAGCAGCAAUAAUAAUAAUGCUAAAGUUAGUGGAAACACUUUAAGGAAUCUUUUACCACCACAAUCUUCAUCUCUUCUAGUCUCCACGAAUUUAUUUACGCUAGUUCAACGAUUAGCUAGUUUAUGUCAACCGAAAUCAUUGGAUACACUUGUACAACGUCCAAGUGGUCGACGUGCUGCUACUACUGCUGAGGUAGUCGUUAAUAAUGGACAAACAAUUAUUCCUCUACCAAAUGAAAUUAAUGAAGAAGACGAUGAUCAAGUUGUAGCGUUUGUUGUCGCAGAUACAGAAAUUCAAGUCAAUUUAUAUCCAACUGACAAUGAUACACCUACAGUGCCUGGUUCAAAUAUUCAAAUGUUGGUUACACAAACAGAAUAUAAUCCAUCCACUACUCCUACUGCUGUUAGUAGUAGUUCAGCAAUAUCAACUACAUCUAAUCACUCUCCUGUCAGACAAUUAUCACAAACUGUUCCAUUUGAUGCCAAUUUAAGUCUUUCCGAAGCGAUUGAACGUUUUCAUUUAGAUUUUAUGAGUUUCUACGAACGUUUACGUACACUUGGCUCAUCUAUACCACAUACUACAACUAUUAUAUCAUAUCCAGUAACACCAACAGUAGGAAUAUCAAACUCUACAAAACCUCAAAUAUCUGAUCGUGUCACCAAAACUACAGAAGAUAUUAAUCAUAAAAUUAUUGUUAAUUCUCAUAAUUCUGCCAAACAUUAUCUAGAACGUGUUGCACAACGCGCUCGUAAUGUAAUUUGGUCAGCUGCUUGUGAAUGGAGAUCAUUGAGACAUAGUGUGGCGUAUACAUUGAUUGGUUCCGAACGUACCUUAAGGUUACAUGGUUGUAACGAGCAUUUCUUUAAUGGUGGCUUAGCAGAACGACGAAUUCAUGGACUUGGACAUUUGUUAAGAGCUUCAUUCACAGCACAUUCUCGUCAUGCUGUUGUUUCACGUGGUUGUUCAUUUUCAUGCAAUGCAAGUGAUUGUAAGACUUCAGGACAUCGAUAUUGUUGGUCACAAUUAAAAACUCACCCUAUUCAUUGGUGGUGGUGGUCUUAUUGUGUUCCAUUUGAUGUUGUACCAAAAUCACAACUAAAAUAUAUUCCAAAGGGUUGUCGUUUAAAUAAUCCACCAACUAUAUUAGACGUAGCUGAAUCAGCUGUAUGUGUUGCAGCAACAGAAGAUGCUCGUUUCCUGUGGCGUUUAUUACUUCCACCAUUGGAAAAUUACACUAUUGGUAAUCCUGGCAUAUCAACGGAUUCUUCACAACAGCAACAACAAAUAAAUCAACAUGAUUCAAUGUCUCCUAUGUCUAAAAUGCAUUGUUCUUCACAUUCUGUAACUAUGAACAGUCAGCCUUCUACUAGUCUUCUUUGGGAUGUGGAUAUCACUUCAUUGUUUAUCAGCCUCUUACAUUUACGUCCAGGUCUUGAAGAAUUCAAUGUUCACGAUUGUCAGUGUACACGUUUAGCCAGUGAAGCUGAUGCUGAUAUCACAUUUGAAUCUGGUGCAGCUUCAUUGGGUGCUCAUUUAUUGGCUUGUGAUGAAGGAAGAAUACGUCAACCAAUUGGUGAUAGUCAUGAAUCACAUUUAUUACGUUUAUGUUAUACAGCAUUAUUAGUACAAACAUUAUUAGCAUGGAAUCCUAAUAUGGAUUGUUUAAAUUAUUUAAAAAAGCAUAAACUUAUACCGGAUUCAUGUACAUGGAAUGAUGCUUAUACAAAAUCGGCUCAUUGGAAUACACCUCAGUUAAUUGAAGUAUGGCGUUUAUUACGUGAUCUAUCCGGUCUUUCUACAAUGAAUUCAUCAUUUUCUAUAAAUGAUGACAAUCAUAAUUAUGAUCCACAAAUUAUGGCUCAAUCAUUAGGUUUAUUUCUACGUGCUAAUUGUUUACCAUUUCUACGUAUUGCUGCUUUUGUUAUACAUAAAAUUACAGGUGUUAAUGUGCCAAGUGAUUUGCAUCAAUCAACCAGUUCAGAUACUAUGAAUGAACAUAGUCUACUGUUAGCGUACUUAGGCUUACCAUUAACGCCUAGUGAUCUGUUAAUCUUGUUAACCUCACCUGAAUCCAACUCGUUCAAUGUAUCACCACCAAACACAACAGCAUCAACAACAUCAUCAUCGACAAACUCAUUAAAUUCUGUUCAACCUGAAAAAUUAUUACAUAUUUCUUUGUUAUCUGAAUCAUUAUGGUUAGCACGUUUAAUAACAAGUUGGUGUUUAACUGGUCGUCAGUCAUUAAGUCGUCAAAUUUAUCAAUCAUUAAUCAAUCGUUAUGUAACCAACGACAAAACAGAUAAUACGUUAUCAAUAAUACAUGAUUUAAUCCCUUAUCCACAUGCACAUUUACCAAAUUUAAUUCACUUGCCAAAAGAAUAUACUAAUUUACUGUUAUUAGCUACAGAUAUGGACUGUCAUGCAGAAGGUCAUACACAUAGUGAUUUAAGUUUAUGCCUUGUUUGUGGACAUUUAGCUUGUUUAUUCUGUUAUGGUUGUCGACAAUUUGAACAAAAAACUGAUGCAAGUAUAUUUGGAAAUGGUACAAGUACAACAAUAAUUUCUAACAAUAAUAACAGUAGUAGUAGUAAUAAUAAUCAAGAGUUUGCUGUCUAUCGUAUGCAAGCUCAUUCUAGACGUUGUCAUUCCGGUUAUAGUCUAUUACUGCGUAUUCAUUCAUGUCGUGUAAUUUUAUUGUCGGAUCAAGCAAGACGAAUUACUGAGAUGCCUGCACCGUAUCGAGAUUCUUUUGGUGAAACUGAUCCUGAUUUACGCCGUGGAAAUCCUCUAUUUCUUGUGGAAUCUGAAUAUAAACGUAUAAACGAAUUAUGGAUUAGUCAUCAAUUGGCUUCCAGUACAUCAUCGGAUUUGAUUACACCUUCAAAUUUGCAAUUUGGUCUAUAUUAAAAAUAAUCACAACACAUAAGAAGAAGUGCCGGUCAACAAUCUACUUUUUUUCAAAUCAUCGUCAUCAUCACCGUCAACAGUAGAAAUAUUACUUCAUUAUCUUGUCAUUUGUCAUUAUGUGAAUGCUUUCAUCACUCAGUACUGUUGGAUCGGCAUAUCAACGGUGUUAGCUAGCCCCAUCCUCCCUCUACCCCCCUCUAUCUUAUCAAGUCAUUCAACUAUCUUUCUUGAAUUUAUAUUUAUACAUAAAUAUACACAUAGAGUCUUGUUAUAUGCUAUUUUUUUGGAAUUCAUGAAGUGACGAUCUCUCUCAUACCAUACAGGUUGUUUGUUAUCUGUAAAAUUUCAAAGGACUCUUUUUUAUUUUUCCGUUUCAUCUAGUUAAAAUAAAGUCUCUGUUGUGCGCCUACAAAUGCGCUUAUCUUGAUGGAACGAACAGUGAUUAUUUUAUUUCUAAAAAUUCUACAUUCUUCCUUUCCCCUAUUUAUCGGUGACUUUUUUUUGCAUGGUUUUUCUAAUUAAGUAGUGUGUUUAUGUGUUCCGCAGAUGAUGUGUGUAAAGUCUAGGAUCCAUUAGCUCUAUUCCCUCUUAUUCUUCUCCUCUAUAUUCAUCAUUUCAUCUUGUAAACUUGUUUGAUUGUGUGCUAGUUUAUUUAUUUAUUUCUCAUCUUACUAACUCCUCCCCCCCUUUAUCAAUACAACUUACCUUAUCCUACUGUUGUGUAAUAUAUACUCUUGAAGAAAAAAAAGAGGCGAAGAAAGUAGCUAUUUCUCUGUAUCUCUUCAUUCUAUUUUUCAUCAUGUAUACAUCUUUUGUUUGAUAAGAUCCGUUUCUGUAAGGUAUUCUUUUGAUAUCCUCGCCUCCUCUACCUUCUUUCAAUCUCUGUCAUAGACAUACUCAAAGCAUAUGCUUAACGAACAUCAAACUUAAUUGUACUGAACUAAUUUUAAUCUGAUUGUUGGGCAUGUGUAAACACUAGUUGAAAAGUAAUAAUAAUCACUUUCGAACCUACUCGUUUUGAUUGCCUUUUUCUCUCUCCCUUGUUCUUUCUUAUUUCAUCUACCUUGAAAGUUUAAUUUGGAAAUACUCUCACUGAAUUCUCUCCUUCAUCCAUCCACCCAUUGGUGUUUCUUUCUUAUACUUUUCUCUUUCUCUUCACUUAUUAUUUGUAAUUUUUCAUGUUCCCCCCUCCUUUUUAUGUCGAAAUAGUACACAUAUACAUAUUUUGUUAAAUACAUAAAAAUUUUCAUAAUUAGUUUAUUG